AUGGACGACCCUCCUCCUCCGUAUCAGGCCGUCGAGCACGCGCCAUACCAAGGCAACAUGAACCAGCAGCCACCUGUGAUGACUAAGAGCUCUAGGCACGCAGCAGGCCCUCGCGUUCAGCUUCAGGCAGGCGGAAACGUGCAAACCCAAGCUGGGUUGUCCCAGGAAGCCAAGUUUUCACUCAAGGCUAUUUUGCAAAUGGUGAAGGCAAAGAUCUUGCCCGGUUCUGUCGUCAGCGACGAUGAAUUUGCCAUAUCCAUCGGCAAAAUCUUCGCCAACGGCUGGGUCCCUGGCGCGUUCUGCGAGGGAGAACGAGCCAUCCACAAGAACAACGCCCCCCGCUCCACCAAACGCGAGAGGCAGGCAGGCGCCGACGUCAACCUUAUGGUUGAGAUUAAGUGCAAAGGCCAAGUCGGCUUCUCGCUCCGCGACGGCAAAAGCAGGAUCGUGUCUAUGGACGCGCCGGUGACCUGGAUUUGCAGCAUGGCUGACGGGUACUUUCACGCCAUGCAACGGAACGACCAAUUCAUGAACCUCAACGUUCAUCGCUACAACAUGAAGCAGGCAGUCUACAUCUGUUGA